CGCCACGGGGCCGCCGCCGUCGCCGCUCGCGCUGCCGCCGCUGCGCGCCAGCAACGCCCCGCACACGAUCGGAGGCAAUAAGCACACGAUGAACGAGCACCUCCAUGUGARUAGCCACGGACAAAUCCAGGUUCAACAGCUGUUUGAGGACAACAGUAACAAGAGGACGGUUCUGAUGGCGCAGCCGAAUGGACUUACAACUCUUGGCAAGUCUGGAUUGCCAGUGGUUCAGGACAGACAGUCGGAGAGUUCUCACAGGCGACAAGGAAGCUCCAGCUCUUUAAAAGCUGCRGAUGGGACGGGGAAAGCGAAGGCCUCCGUGAUGACACCAGAGCAGGCAAUGAAGCAAUACAUGCAAAAAUUAACAGCUUUCGAGCAUCAUGAGAUUUUCGGCUACCCUGAAGUGUACUUUUUGGGUCCAAAUGCAAAGAAGCGGCAAGGUGUGGUUGGUGGUCCAAACAACUGCGGGUAUGAUGAUGACCAGGGGUCUUACGUGCAGGUACCCCACGAUCAUAUUGCGUACAGGUAUGAAGUCCUGAAAGUUAUAGGAAAAGGAAGCUUUGGGCAGGUGGUGAAGGCCUACGAUCACAAGAUGCAUCAGCACGUGGCACUGAAAAUGGUGAGAAAUGAAAAGCGUUUCCACCGCCAAGCUGCGGAAGAAAUCCGGAUCCUGGAGCACCUCCGGAAGCAAGAUAAGGAUAACAACAUGAAUGUUAUUCACAUGUUGGAAAACUUCACAUUCCGCAACCAUAUCUGCAUGACAUUUGAAUUGCUGAGCAUGAACCUGUAUGAGUUAAUAAAGAAAAACAAGUUUCAGGGCUUCAGCCUGCCUUUAGUCCGCAAGUUUGCCCACUCCAUUUUGCAGUGCUUGGAUGCUUUGCACAAAAAUAGGAUCAUUCACUGUGACCUUAAACCGGAGAACAUUCUGCUGAAGCAACAGGGUAGAAGUGGUAUUAAAGUGAUUGAUUUUGGCUCGAGCUGUUACGAGCACCAGCGUGUCUACACUUACAUUCAGUCCCGCUUCUACCGCGCGCCCGAAGUCAUCCUGGGUGCUCGUUACGGGAUGCCCAUAGAUAUGUGGAGCUUGGGGUGCAUUCUGGCAGAGCUGCUCACCGGCUACCCCCUUUUGCCCGGGGAAGAUGAAGGAGACCAGCUGGCCUGUAUGAUCGAGCUCUUGGGCAUGCCUUCCCCCAAGCUCCUAGAUUCGUCCAAGCGAGCCAAAAACUUUGUGAGCUCCAAGGGUUAUCCCCGCUACUGCACCAUCACCACCCUGUCGGACGGCUCGGUCAUCCUCAACGGUGGGCGCUCUCGAAGGGGGAAGCUGCGUGGCCCGCCCGAGAGCCGGGAGUGGGGCAACGCGCUGAAGGGAUGCGACGAUCCCCUCUUCCUAGACUUCUUAAAACAGUGUUUAGAAUGGGAUCCCGCUAUCCGCAUGACGCCCAGCCAGGCGCUGCGGCAUCCCUGGCUAAGGAGACGCUUGCCCAAGCCUCCCACCGGGGAGAAGGCCUCGGCGAAGAGAAUUGCAGAGAGCACUGGUGCUAUAACGUCGAUCUCCAAGUUACCUCCGACUUCAAGCUCAGCUUCAAAACUGAGGACUAAUUUGGCACAGAUGACAGAUGCCAACGGGAAUAUACAGCAGAGAACAGUGUUGCCAAAACUCGUUAGCUGAGUUUGAAAAACCCAAUGCUGUUAAUAUGAGAGAUACAAUGUGGCUGAGCCUUAUUUGUAUGAAAAAAGUAGCUCAGAUUUACRUUUUUAUUUGCUCAAUAACUUUAUUCAUUUGUAUCUUUCAGCACUCAUUUUAAACGUAAGAAAUGUUGAUUUUUGUUUUUAUAAAAAUACGGGGACAAUGCUUUAAGUUUUUAUACUUAUUUUUUAAGAUGUUUGUCUUCUACAGUACAACUAGCCUUACUGUAACACAGUGUGACACAGUAAUAAACAUCAGUGGCAGGCCACUGGUUACAACGUGACUGUCAUGCAUUACAACGUGGUGUCAAAGGUAUUAACCUUUUUCUUCCAUGGUUCAUCUUAGGUUUCGCUUGGGGUGAGUGUGUUUGACUCUACCUUCUGGAGCUUACGGAUACAGGCCUGGGUCCUGCAGACAGUCAUGCCUGGGCCGGGCCUGACUCCAGGGAGAACACUCAAAUAUUGUAAAACUGUUACUUUGAAAUAGAGCCAUAGCAUGUAAUACUGUCAUUUUCUGUCUAGGAGCCCAGAGAAAGUGGUGCCACUUAGUAAUGACACGGUCGCCUACUCUGAAAUGCUGUCUCUGUUUGGAGAAAAAGAAGCUGCAGCACUGAACGGGUUCAGCUGGCUUUUGUGCGUGKGGUAGAGAGGAACAGGCGGCCUGGGAGGGAACGGAGGUGGAAGCUUGUGCGUUCCUCCAGGUCUGGAAGUGACAGAGGAGUUGUUUGUAAAGCUGAGGUCACGUAAAGCAGAAUGUUCUGGACUUCAUUUCAGGUUUAUAACAUUAAGUAACAUUCACAUUACUACUCUCCUCUCUCUUUCCUCAUUUCUUUCUUUUUUUCCUCCUCCCCCCAUUUCUUUUUCUCUCCUAACAUGCAACUUGGAUUCUCUAAGUCACGUAGGCAGAAACGCUUGUUCUGUCACUUUAACACUGUAACUUCUAGACUGUUAAUGCUACAUGGAUUUCACAAAGGGUUUAUUUCUCCAGGCAUUUUCUUUCUGAUGGAUUGUGACUUCUCUGGUACAUUUGCACUUGCGAUCAAAUCCGCGCGCGGCGCAAACACGAUGUUACUGUAUUGYUCUUUGCGGAAAAGUCCUUGUUAGAGAGCGUGACUGAAGGUGAAAAGCUCCUCUGUGGAAAGCUUUGCAGUUAGCAGACCCUAUCCCCGCUAUUUACUGAGAGAGAAAUAUCAAAGGAAAACUAAAUGAUUGGAAUUUGAAUUCAUCUUCAGCACUGGUAGCUGCAAAUGACUCGGAAGGAAGAGUUGGAGAUACGUGUAGAUUUAUUUGUGUGUUUGUGUGUGCUUAUGUUUGGGUUUUUGUUUGUAACUAGACUUUAACUAGACACAUGGAAGAAAGAUGGUUUUACUAGGGAAUAAUAUCUAGACCUACGUGGGAARUGUGUGCCUGCAUGGUAGCGUAUUCUCAACGGGGACGGUUGGAAAUCUGAGAUCAGUAUUUCGGCACAUGCAAUGGCUGUGGUCUACACUGGAUGUAUAAAACAUGCAAAAAGGGAAUUUUCGACAAAGUGGAACAUAAUCUGGGAAGAUUUAUUUGUGGAUGUGAGAACAAGAGAGACUAGAUUGCAUAAAACCUCAAUAACUCUAGUAUAAACAACAUUUAUAUGCAUAUAUUUUAUUAAAUUGUAUGAAUUAAAAAAGAGAAAUACUUAAAGCAUGGUCCCCUGAGAGGCCAAGAAAGUUUCCGGUUAAGUUCUCCUUCGUAUUCAUUAAUAUUUACCACUUACAGGUUAAUUUUGUUUGUUUGUUUGUGUUUGGUUUGUUUUUAAUUUAAUGUAAGACUUGGGGAGGGAUAUAAAUAAGGAAUGACAGAAUUCUCAGGAAACAUAUCACUCAACUUCUUGCCAAAAAGUCAACAUGUGAAGAAGCUCCAAAAAUAAUUUCUGAGUAGAGGAUGGUAUUUGUUGAUUGAUAACUGUAAACAGUAGAGCAUCAAUCAACCAUUUUUCUUAUUAUUUUUUAAAUAUCAUUUCCUGCCUCUAGUCAAAUUAAAUUAUUUAGAUGUUAAAUGUUCACAAUUUUGUACAAUGUAUGUAAGUGCAAUAUGUAAACAUGUAUGGAAUCAUGUUAAAAAUGAAAUACGGUCAUACAGCUAAGAAAAGUGGCUUUUGGGAUAUAAAUGUCCAUUAACUGAAGGUCUGCAAAUUCAAAGUCUGGAAAAGAAAUGUGUGAAUUUUCCGAUAAAACGGACUGAUGAGACUCUCAUGACUGUGAGAACACACACAAUACAGUGUAUUUUGUACAGUAGUUGAGAUUGUUUAGUUCCUCCAUCAACUACUUGGCUUUACCAACUUACUUUCUCCUUAGCUAUUUCUACAGAAGUUAAGAAAGAGGGAUGAUAAUAUUAGGGGUGGCAGAAGAAUUUCCCCCCCUUAAUAUUUAUUUCAGAGAAAACAUUGAUACUUAUUCCUGCCUUUCAUGGAAAUGGAAAGCGUUCAUAAUGUUCAUGGGUCAUUAAUGGGCUAAAACCACUAAAUUUUCUUUUUUGUGUAACCAGUUCUUGAUGCCAAUAAUGCAUUUAUGACUGACAUUCUUCAUAAAUGCUACCGGAAACUUUAAGGCCAAAAUAUAGUGUGCAGAGCUAUUUUUUUAACCCAGAUACCAUGGAACUUCCUCUAUACUCAAAGCAGCAGCUACAUUAAGGUUUUUAAGCGAUAGAGCUGCUUUUUAUCGUAGCUUAUUUAUACCUGUAAAAAACGGAGGGAGGGGGGGAAAGGACGUUGCCUCUUGCUUUGAUGUGAUUUUAUUAUAAGGGCUCUGAUAAUUAGGCUGAUAGAAGUUGGCUUGGAAACAGUGCUUAGUCUCACAUGUUACCAUUGUCUGGGGAUGUCGGAGCUAUUUUGGGCUUUAGGAAUAGCACAGUGUUGUCUUGUCUUUGGUUGCAGUCUCCCUUGGCUCAGUUUCUUGCACCACCAGAGUGUUCAUUACCACUUAAGUGUAUUGGCACAACAGAGUGAUGCAAGCUGUGCAGAUGAACAAUAGAGGAUGAGUUGUGCCCUUGGUGUUAACAAUGUGCCUUUUGUUACCAAUGCCAUGUUGUAGGGCUUGCGGCUUGGCCUCUUUAACCCUCUGCGUCCCGGAUAGUGAGGAGGAGAUGUAUUUUUCCACGCUAUGCCUGUCUUAAAAACAUCCUGUCGAUUCCUGAGGCCUUAAUAGAAACAAAAAGGCAAUCACACUUCCACGGGGGUGGAGGGGACACUCUGUUCUUGCAGUAAGUCUCACUACGGGGUUAAAGAUGGCCCUUCCUCACUGGUUGUACUUCAACAUCAAAUUGAUUUCUUUUCUUUUUGAGUAAAUUUGUGUUACGGUGACACUAGACAGAAAUCAACUGUAUUUGUAAAAAUUUACCUCAAACUCUUUAGUUUUAUAGUGUGAUUGAAUCCCAGGGCAUUUGGUAUGAACCAAAGUGCAUUCCUUUUAUAUGUGCCUGGCUCUUCUAAAGGUGGCCAGGGAUUUUUACAAUUUGGGUGCAAGGCACUUAAGCCACUUUUAACUCGGUGGGUGGUUUGGAGUUAUAAAUGACUUUGUGGGAAUGUUGAAAACACUUUAGGCAUAAGUAGCAUUGGGCAAUAUUAGAAUCUUUAGGAAAGGGUGUGCAUUACUUAACGCCCUCCAUUUUUUAGCAUUUUUUCCAUCAAUGAUAUUUGUGAUAAAUACAAAACCCUUUCCCCUCCACCUCCUUUUUCCACUCARCAAAGAUUAUAAUAUUGUCCAAGUUAAUGCUAUGGUAGCAUUUAAAUAAAACAUGUGUGAAUUAUUGUUUCUAGGRGCUUGUACAUCUCUGCUACAAAUUGUAAUUACUCAGUUCAACUGCUACAAUUACGUCUAAGCAGUAGCUUGGGUUUUUAUUGGGCAACGACUUAGACACGUGACUGUAAAAUGCUGCAACUGUGUGUACUGAAAACAUGUGAAAAACGAUUGAAUGUGGACUGUGUAUAUAUGUACGUAUAAUUUUCU